AUGGACAAGCGUAACAAAAGGCAUUAUUCUUCAUCGGAUUCUGAUAGUGUGGAAGAAAGUCGCUUGAAGGAUUUGAAAGAAAGAGAUGAAUUUGCGACAAGAUUAAGAAAACGAGAUGAAGAGAAAGUAAAAAAAGUUACUGAGAGUUCAAGUAAGAGGUCAUACGAGGAAGCAGCCAAACGACUUAAAUUAGAAGCUGAAGAUAGAGAUAAGCUAUUGCCAAAGCUUCGUAUUCAGUCCCGUAGAAAAUAUUUGCAAAAAAGGAAAGAUGAUAAAGUUGUUGAACUUGAAGAUGAUAUUGCUGAUGAUGAAUAUCUUUUCGAAGAAACCAUUUUAACUGAAAGAGAAAAAAAAGAGAGAGAACAUAAAAAAACUAUUUUAAAAUUAGCAAAAGAACAUGAGAAAGCAAGAGAGUUGGAGAACAUCCAAAGGUAUCACAUGCCUCAAGACCUGGGUAAAGGAGAAAAAGGUGAAUACAUUGAAGUUGAUGAAAAUGAAAAGCUACCACAUGCAGAACAAAGAAAAUGGGAACAAGAACAAAUUAAGUCAGCAUUCUUUAAAUUUGGUGCAAAAGAUUCUAAAGCACAAGAUGAAUAUGAGCUGCUUCUGGAUGAACAAAUUGAUUUUAUACAAGCACUACAACUUGAAGGCAAUAAAGAGAAAAAGGAAGCUGAGGAAGUAUCAGAAUACAAAAAAUUAAGGAUGACUAUAGAAGAAACAAAAAAAUCCUUACCCGUUUUCCCUUUUCGCAAUUCUCUCAUAGAGGCUAUAAAAAAAUAUCAGAUUUUGAUUGUGGAGGGUGAAACUGGUUCUGGUAAAACAACACAAAUACCUCAAUAUCUUCAUGAGGCUGGUUUCACUAACGAAGGCAAAAAAAUUGGCUGUACACAACCAAGAAGGGUUGCGGCAAUGUCUGUAGCUGCCAGGGUAGCACAAGAAAUGAAUGUUAAACUUGGAAAUGAAGUUGGUUACAGCAUUAGAUUUGAGGAUUGCACAUCAGAUAGAACAGUAAUAAAAUACAUGACAGAUGGAACAUUGCAUAGAGAAUUUCUUUCUGAACCAGACCUUGCUUCAUACAGUGUUAUGAUAAUUGAUGAAGCACAUGAACGCACUUUACAUACAGAUAUUUUAUUUGGAUUAGUAAAAGAUAUAACUAGAUUUAGACCUGAUUUGAAACUACUUAUAUCCAGUGCAACACUUGAUGCUGAGAAAUUUUCAAGCUUUUUUGAUGAGGCACCCAUAUUUAGAAUACCUGGUAGAAGGUUUCCUGUUGAUAUUUAUUAUACAAAGGCCCCAGAAGCAGAUUACAUAGAUGCUAGUGUUGUAUCAGUGUUACAGAUACAUGCUACACAGCCACUAGGUGAUAUUCUUGUAUUUCUCACUGGACAAGAGGAGAUUGAGACUUGUGUUGAAAUGUUACAAGAAAGGACUAAGCGUCUUGGAAAGAAAUUAAAAGAACUUGUAAUAUUACCUGUAUAUGCAAAUCUUCCAAGUGAUAUGCAAGCAAAAAUAUUUGAACCCACACCUGAAGGAGCAAGAAAAGUUGUUUUGGCUACAAAUAUAGCCGAAACAUCUCUUACUAUAGAUAAUAUUAUUUAUGUUAUUGAUCCUGGCUUUGCAAAGCAAAAUAACUUUAAUUCAAAAACUGGAAUGGAGAGUCUUAUGGUUGUACCUAUUUCUAAGGCAUCUGCAAAUCAGAGAGCAGGUAGGGCUGGUAGAGUAGCACCUGGAAAGUGUUUCAGAUUGUACACUGCUUGGGCUUAUAAAUAUGAGCUAGAAGAUAACACUGUUCCUGAAAUUCAGAGAAUUAAUUUAGGUAAUGCUGUUCUGACAUUAAAAGCAUUAGGAAUUAAUGACUUAAUACAUUUUGAUUUCCUGGAUCCCCCACCUCAUGAAACAUUAGUAUUAGCACUAGAACAACUAUAUGCCCUUGGUGCACUUAAUCACCAUGGUGAAUUAACCAAGGCAGGAAGAAGAAUGGCAGAGUUUCCAACAGAUCCUAUGCUAGCAAAAAUGCUUUUAGCCAGUGAAAAGUACAAAUGCUCCGAAGAAAUAGUUACAAUAGCAGCUAUGCUGUCUGUUAAUAGUUCAGUAUUCUACAGACCCAAAGACAAAAUAAUUCAUGCCGACACAGCUAGAAAAAACUUUUUUCAUCCAAGUGGUGACCACUUAACACUUAUGAAUGUAUAUAAUCAAUGGGUUGAGUCUGAUUUUUCUGUACAGUGGUGCUAUGAAAACUUUAUACAGUAUAGAUCCAUGAAGAGAGCCCGGGAUGUUCGAGAACAGCUUGCUGGAUUGAUGGACAGGGUAGAAAUUGAAAUGGUAUCUAGUAUAACAGAAGAUAUGAAUAUUCGUAAAGCAAUAACUGCAGGAUACUUUUAUCAUAUUGCAAAGUUUUCUAAAGGAGGGCAUUAUAAAACAGUAAAACAUAAUCAAACAGUCAUGAUACAUCCUAAUAGUGCACUGUUUGAGGAGUUACCAAGAUGGGUUAUAUAUCAUGAACUUGUAUUUACAUCCAAAGAAUUUAUGAGGCAAGUAACAGAAAUAGAGAGCAAAUGGUUACUUGAUGUUGCUCCACAUUACUAUAAAGCUAAGGAACUUGAGGAUUCAACUAAUAAGAAAAUGCCUAAAACAAUUGGUAAAGCUUCAAAAACUUAA